AGUGGACAGGCAGCUGUGAGUAAUCCAGAGCCAGGAACCACCGGGCGCCAAUAGAAGCACUACUAGACAGCAGGGCCUCAGACAGGAGAGCUGAGUAAUGGUGGCUGGAAGUAUGGCAGCCCCCACUGCAGAACUGAGGAUCAGAGAACCACACAGAGGUCAGAGCUCAGCAACACCCCCAGGACAGGAGGAGGGCAUCAGGUACAAUCAAGCAGUAGUGGUGGAUAAGACUGUAUACGUAUCUGGGCUGAUUGGCAUAGAUGCUAAGAGUGGACAGCUUGUGCCCGGUGGGACGAAGAGUGAGGCAAGACAGGCUUUGCUGAACAUGGGAGAAAUCCUUAAGACAGCAGGAUGUGAUUAUGGCAAUGUUGUGAAAACAACCGUCUUAUUGGCUGAUAUCAAGGAUUUUGAUGAUGUUAAUGAAGUUUACAAGCAGUUUUUUCAGAGUAAUGUCCCAGCAAGGGCCGCUUACCAGGUUGUUGCUGUGCCAAAAGGUGGAAGAGUGGAGAUUGAGGCUGUGGCUGUCCUUGGACCUAUAACAGAUGUCUCCUCUACACUAUAAGGAGAAUUCAUACACAGUAUCCCACCUGUGCCCAUGUAUUUGGUAGAAACACAUUUAUGUAACAUGGCAAUUAGGAGCUGAUUGGCUGAUUCUGUAUCUCUCUCCAAUGUAUUACUCUCCAAUGCUUAGUACAUCUCCCCCCAGUAUGAUGUAGAGUUGAACUCAAGUCGGCCGUAACUGCACAUGCAUUGCGUGCUCAGAAGAAAUGCAUAUAUUCAUCAAUAUGCAGCAUUGUACACAUCUCAUGGUCAGAUCGCUCCUAUCUGUACACUUGGCUUCAUAGCGGAUAUCAUUAGUGGGCACUUAUACCACUAUUAUCCCUGGCGCAAAAGAUCGGUUUGGAAACAGGCAUUAUUAGUCAUACGCACCACCCUGCAAAGCCCAAAACUCCACUGGCGCCCUCUCUCGGAGAUCUGCAUAUGUACAAGUGCCCCAUCACCACUCGUUAUGCUGACUCAGCCAACGUAGAUCCAACUCUGUAUUGCCCAUGCUUGCAUACCGUCUGCUCCAGCUUAUGUUCAGAUCUCGCUUAGACUCAUUGGGGCAGAUGUAUUAAGCCUGGAGAAGUGAUAAAG